ACUCAGUCAGGAGGCCGAGCUGCACGCGCGGGAUUUCCCUCGCGCUCCUGUCGGCAGCGAACGCCUGUCAGUUGGUGAAGGUCGAGGCCGGAUGUGUGAACAGGAACCCGCUCUUGUGCAGCAGUACACGGUUUAUUUCUGUAUUGUACCAUCAACAACGACACAAAAAAACAAAACAUAUAUUGAGUUUUAUUUUUUAAUUCUCCGCGCUGGUUGCACUCUCAUUGAACACUCUGCUAUGAACAGUUAUCUCGUCCUCUGAGAGUUCCUGAGUUGGUUUCAAGUGAAAGCGAACCCGGACACGUUGUUUUUCUGUCUUCUCUGCAUCUGCCAUGAUCGCCGUUAGGAACCAGUUGCAGAGGGAUUUUUUCACACCGCAGGAAGAAAGGCUGCUGGGCUUGGUGUAUGCAUGGAAAGCUGGAAAGAAGAGGAAAAAUUGCAUAUUGUGUGCCGCAGUCUCAACUGAUCGUCCAUAUCAAGCUUCCCUUGUGAAAUUUAAAAAAGCUGAUAAAGGUGAUGCAUACAAACAGGUGGCAUGGUGGUCAUUUGAGGAUCUACUUCUGGUUGAUGGAAAAGAUGCAUAUAAGGAUAACCCUGAAUUCGAUUUGCAGUUUGAUAAAUUAUACAAGUGGAUUACCAGCAAUUCUGGAGACAAAAAUAGUUUUAUGUCCUGCCUCUUCAAGCUCAAUCGACGUUAUAUGCAUGGCAGAAUUAAGUUUAUAAACAUCAGUUCUCAGAUUUUAGAAGAGUGCUUGCGUCCUCCAGUACAAGAGAGAACAAGUGAGCCUAUUGAAGUAGAGGACGAAGAAGAAAUUGAUAUUUAUCAAGUACUCACACCAAAAGAAGCAUUGGACGUAGGAAAAAUAAUGGAACAGUUUGAUCAAUCUAUUUCUAAUUCUGAAGCUUUUGCAGAAAAAAUGAGCAAAGAUCUCCAUGUAUUAGAUGAGGCAAACAUACGAUCAAUCAUUGUAUCUGAGAAGCAAGUUACUGAACUAAUGGAGUUAAUUGACAUGAGUCUUGUUGAUGUGAGAAACAUUGAGCAGACACUUCAGACCUACGAAGAACUGCUGCAGAGUGUUAAAGAACAGAUGGAUCAUAUACACCAGAGCAAUUAUCAAUUACAAGUCAUUGAUUGUAAUCAGCAAAAACUUUUAGAGGAAGUCAUUUUUCUUGUGGACAAGUUGGACCUGGCUGAAGAACAUCAAGUAGCUUUACGCACUGGUGAUCUGUCCAUACCUGAGAGCUUAGAAGCUUGUAUAACAGCCGUUGAAGCAUUGAAUAAUUGUAUGAAUGUGAAGUUAUCAACAGGCCAUCGGAAACUGCAAAGUGUUGUAGAACAGUUAAUAACAUUUGAAAAUUUGCGCCAACAAUUUGAAAGUCGAUUCAUACGGCAUAUUAGCAAUAUAUUUGUACUACAGGGAAAUGACCCAGGUGUUAGCCUGAUGCAACAGACUGGAGAGCUGAUCUUUCCCAGACAUAAAUUUUAUCAUGAUGAAUUGUUGCCGUAUAACCCUUUAAUGGCUUGGCUAAAAAGCAGCAACCUGGUUAUUUUUAAUGGUUUGUCUAAGGUAUAUGCUGAAAAUAUUAAAAAACUCUAUGACAAACAGGUCAAAGAUUUUUUUGAUUUACUGAAGUUUAAACUGACUGGAAUAAAGGAUGGCAUGAAAUUCAAGAUCCAGGAAAGUAUUGAAAAGUUGACUGCUUCCACAUCCAAUCUGCAAAAAACAUUCUUCAGAAAUACUUUAUAUGAGCAUUUAGAGCCAGAAGUUGACAUAACAGAUCGUGGAAUCCUGGACAGGGCCAAAGACGAUCAGGGCAGAGAAUGGAGCACUUCCUCAUUUUGUACUGAGAUUAUAGAUCAAGUUCUGGCAGAAUUGGAACCCAUAUGCAUUGCAGAGGAAGAGUUUGUCACCAGAUUUUUUAUAUUAGUGGAAGACACAUACAGUGAAACACCACAGUUGGUGGGAAGUAAAAGUGAUCUUGUGGCUGCGAUUAACCAAGACUCAAUAGAGAAAGUACGGAUUCAUCAGAGUACUCCUGAACAGGAAGAUCUUGGAAUAAGUAAUAAACGAAAAAUAAUGAAUGAAAUCUUCAGUACUCUUGAACUAGAUCUAAGAGGCUUUGUAAACCUAUGUGAUAAGAUCAACCCAUCUAAUACCCUGCAUCUACUGGUAAUAGUGAGCCAAUGUGCACUCUCAGCCCAAGAUGCUGACUCUCCUCCUUUCAUCAAAUCUACAUUUGGAAAUAUUCUUGUGCAUGUCAAACGCAACUUCGACAAAUGCAUUUCUGGUUUGUGCAAACAAAUAGAAGAAGCUAAGGUCCCAAAGAAGACCAAAAUUGGUAUUCUGCCAUUUGUUAUUGGAUUUGAGGAGUUCUUAACUGUUGCUGAAACCAUCUUUAAGAAUGCUGAGCGAAGAGGUGACCUGGAUAAAGCCUACAAUAAAAUAAUUGCAGCAGUCUUCACCAGCAUUGAAAACAUUGCCUUAAUGAAUUUGAAGAUUCCUCCAGAUGUUGUUAUAAUGGAGAAUUUUCACCAAAUCUACUGCUUCCUCUCCGAAAUGAAGAUCAACAGUCUUGAAGAUAGAAAAAAGGACGCCCACCAACAAUACUCAGAACACCUUAACCUCUAUGUUACUAAAUAUCUGGGACAGCCAUUGGAGAAACUAAAUAUCUUCUUUGAUGGUGUCAAGACUCGGAUUGCACAGGGAGUGAAAGAGGAUGAAAUAAGCUAUCAACUGGUAUUUAGCAAACAAGAAUUAAGGAAGGUGAUUGAAAAAUAUCAAGGUAAAGAGGUGAAGAAGGCACUGGAAACCCUCUACAAAAAAGUUCUAAAGCAUCUGAGUGAAGAAGGAAACUUGUUACAGGUGGUAUGGUGCACAAUGCAAGGAGAAUUUGUUCAUCAGUACAAGCAGUUUGAAGAAAUGAUUGCUCGAUGCUACCCUGGCUCUGGCAUAACCAUGAACUUUAGUAUAGAGGAUAUUCUACAGUAUUUUUUGGAUAUAACGAAGUCAAACUGACAGCAAACUGAUUGGUAUUUAAACAUCAACUAAAAUGUAUAUAUUUCCAGUUCUCAGAAUCUGUAUCUUUCGCUUAUAUGUCAAGUUAGGUAACAUUUUAAGGUUAAGCAUAAAUUUGUAGUUAAGACAUUAUAUUUCUAAAGAAUACCAGUCUAUAAUUAUUUUAACUUUUUUUUUUACUGGUUAUAACAGGCCUGGGGUUGGGACAUAAAGCUGAAGGUUUCUAUAGGAACAUGUUUAAAAGUGCCUGGGCAUUAUAUCGCAGGGAGAUGAAAUAAGGGAGAAGACCAGGAACUACUGCUCUCUAUUACAACACACAGCAUAGCUGAAGGAUAUGAAAUCCACCUGACUUGAAUCAUGAGCUCCCAAAAUGAUGUUUUCUUUCUCGAUAUGUAGGAGCAGGCCCCUUUAUUAAUCAGCCUUCCUACCUUUGUUUCACUGAAUAUGACAACUGAUUCAAUUUAAUUUCCACUAAUUCCAGCUACAUACCCCAAAACUUGUUCCUUGAAGUAAGUCUCCCUUACAUCACAAAUGUUAAUUUUUCCUCUCCCUGAUCUUGAAGUAGACGGCAGCACCUGGGUUGUUCAAUAUAUGCUUUAACCUCAGUAUGAAGAGACACAUAGGGCACCAGCCAGCGUGUCAUCUAUGUAUUGUUAAAAAAUCUUGAACCUCGCUGAUACUUUUUUAAAUUAUCAUUCCAGAUUUUACAGUUUCAAAUGUAUUUGUUAAAUAAAACCAUUUUACUAUGGA